CGCAUAAGAAGCUCUUCAACUGAUCUUCCUGUCCGUUUUUCUCUCUCCUAAAUCGCCAUCUGUUUAUCUCUCUAAAUCUCUCUCCCUGCGAAACUACGUUCAGAUCGAGAAGGAGUUGAGGAGAGAGAAAGCUUUAUUUUUUCGUAGCUAUGGUGGAAACUCGGCGAAGUAGUUCUUCUUCGAAACGUCCUCUUGAUUCUCCUCUUCCUGCCUCCAAACGUUCCAAGGAAUCGGAGGCUUCGUCCUCAACGGAGGAGAAAUCGGUUUCGCAACAACCAUUUGAAGCUGUGGUAGCUAAUCAGUUGGAUUCGGAAUCUCGAGAUCUUCCUGAGGUUGGAUCCGCUGAUUUGCCGCCUACCGAUUCGAUUAAACCCUCAGAUUUGAACUUUCCUGAUAAAUUUCCCUCUGUUGAAGCUAAAGUGGCUUUAGAGGAUGCUGUGGUAGAUGAGAAAGAUACGAAGUCGGCGUUGAAGAGGCAACGCCUGAAGAAGAAUAUUAAGAGUGAGCAGCCUGCCUGGGCCCAGCUCAUUUCGCAGUUCUCUGAGAAUCCGCACGAGUUUGUACGUGGUUCGCAAUUCACUGUUGGUCAUGGCCGUCAGUGUGAUCUCUGGCUAAAUGAUCCUUCUAUUAGUAAAAUGUUAUGCAAACUUCAGCGCACAGAGCGAGGGGCUUCAUCUAUUAUCAAGUUAGAAAUUACAGGAGGAAAAGGUUCCGUGCAAGUGAAUGGCAAGGCCCAUCACAAGAGUUCCUCUCCUCUGACUCUAACUGGCGGUGAUGAGCUGAUCUUUGGUUCUGUUGGGAAAUAUGCUUAUAUAUUACAGCAACUUUCAAUGGACACUUUGGCGGCUCCUGGCUUACCAUCGUCGUUGGCCAUAUUAGAGGCCCAUAGCGCCCCAGAUACAGGCAAAGAUACCAAAGCAAGAGGAAGAGAUUCAUCUUCAUCUGCUGUUGCUGGAGCAUCAAUAUUGGCUUCACUGUCAACCUUUAGCAAGCGUCUUUCACGUCUUCCUCCUUCAAGAGGCAAUGAUGAGGACUCAGCUAUGGCUUCACUUUCUGGGGCAUCGGAUAAUGGUAUAUGUGAUGUUGACAUGAAUGAUAGCUUGGAGCUCGAGGACUAUCGUGAUGCUUCUUUGAAUCAGAAGGAAGUGUGUCCUGUGUCUGAUGAGAAUAUGAAUAUAGUUGAUGUGGCAAAGGAUACUGGCUUGAAUACUGAGGAAGGACUGGUCCCUGGCACAAAUAGUGAACUCAGGCCACUUUUGCAGCUGCUUGCAAGGUCAUCUACCUCUGAUUUUGAUUUCAGUGGCAGUCUUUCAAAAUUGUUGGAGGAGCAAAGACAACUUAGGGAAUUACUCAAGGAUCUUGAUCGCCCAACUUUAGUUUCAACCAGACGCCAAGCAUUUAAAGAUACUUUGCGCAAGGCGAUUCUUGCAGCUUGUGAUAUUGAUGUGUCCUUGGAGAGUUUCCCAUAUUAUUUAAGUGAGAAUACUAAGAAUUUAUUGGUCGCUGCCGCAUUCAUGCCCUUGAAGUGUAGCCAUAUGGUGAAGUUUGUGUCAGAUCUCUCUACUGUGAGCCCCAGGAUACUUUUAUCUGGACCUGCAGGUUCAGAGAUAUAUCAGGAAACUUUGGCAAAGGCCCUGGCCAAGCAUUUUAGUGCAAAACUUCUUGUAGUGGACAGUCUUCUUUUGCCUGGAUCAACUGUGAAGGAAGCUGAUUCUUCUAGAGAACAUUCGAGACCCGAGAAAGCUAGUAUUCAUGCAAAACGCUCAUCAGUUGUGGCUUCCUUACGACAUAAGAAACAAGCUUCAAGUGUUGAGGCGGACAUCACUAAUGGAUCUGCUCUUUUAGCUCAGCGUCUUCCAAAGCAAGAAGCAUCAACGGCAUCUUCAAAAAAAUACACUUUUAAAGAAGGUGAUAGAGUAAAAUUCGUAGGAUCAAUGCCUUCUGGGGUUCCACCGCUACUGCCGUUGAGGGGGCCUGCAUAUGGUAACCGAGGGAAGGUUGUCCUUGUCUUUAAGGAAAACCAGUCAUCAAAGAUUGGUGUCAGAUUUGACAAUUCCAUUCCUGAGGGAAACAAUCUUGGAGGCCGUUGUGAAACUGAUCAUGGUUUCUUUUGUGCAGGUGACCUGUUAUGCUUAGAAAAUUCAGGUGGUGAUGAUGCUGACAGACUUGCAGUGAAUGAAAUCUUUGAGGUUGCAAAAGAUGAAUGUAAAAAUGGCCCGAUGAUUUUGUACCUGAAAGAUAUGGAGAAGUGCAUGGCAGGGAAUCCUGACGCAUAUGGGGAACUAAAAAGCAAGCUUGAAAAUCUGCCCGAGAAAUUGAUUGUGAUUGCCUCCCACACUCAAGCAGAUAGCCGAAAAGAGAAGUCUCAUCCAGGUGGCUUACUGUUUACAAAAUUUGGCAGCAAUCACACAGCUCUGCUUGAUUUUGCUUUUCCGGACAAUUUUAAUCGAAUGAGUGAUAGAAAUAACAAGGAUACAUCCAAGACAAUGAAACAACUUACUCGUCUUUUCACAAACAGAGUCACCAUACAGAUGCCGCAGGACGAGAAUCUGCUGUUAGAGUGGAAGCAGAAGUUGGAGCGUGACACUGAAACUCUGAAAGCACAGUCAAAUAUCGUUAGCAUUCGAUCUGUAUUGACACGCGUUGGAAUAGAGUGUCAUGAUAUUGAGACGCUAUCAAUUAAGGAUCAAACGCUUUCAAGUGAAAAUGCGGACAAAGUAAUUGGCUGGGCUUUGACUCAUCACUUUAUGAAUGGUGCUGAAGCUUCACUAAGUGACUCUAAGGUCGUCAUAUCUAGCGAAAGUAUUAUGCACGGGCUUAAUAUAUUGCAUGGUGUGCAAAAUGAAACCAAAAGUACAAAGAAGUCAUUGAAGGAUGUAGCUACUGAGAAUGAAUUUGAAAAGAAGCUUCUGGUGGAUGUUAUUCCAGCUAGUGAAAUUGGAGUAACUUUUGACGACAUUGGAGCUUUGGAUAAUGUGAAAGAUACAUUGAAGGAACUAGUGAUGUUACCUCUUCAAAGGCCAGAGUUAUUCUCGAAAGGACAAUUAACGAAGCCUUGCAAGGGUAUACUAUUGUUUGGCCCCCCUGGUACUGGAAAAACUAUGCUUGCAAAAGCGGUCGCUACAGAGGCUGGUGCAAAUUUUAUCAACAUAUCAAUGUCUAGCAUCACAUCAAAGUGGUUUGGUGAAGGAGAGAAAUAUGUCAAAGCAGUGUUCUCACUAGCUAGCAAGAUAGCUCCGAGCGUUAUUUUUGUCGAUGAGGUUGACAGCAUGCUGGGAAGACGUGAGAAUCCUGGGGAACAUGAAGCUAUGAGAAAAAUGAAGAAUGAGUUUAUGGUGAACUGGGAUGGUUUGCGUACAAAGGAUAAAGAACGUGUGUUGGUGCUUGCUGCGACGAAUAGGCCUUUUGACCUGGAUGAAGCUGUUAUCAGGAGACUACCUCGAAGAUUGAUGGUCGGCCUGCCAGAUGUGGCUAACAGGCAGAAAAUUUUGAGUGUAAUUUUAGCCAAAGAAGAGCUGGCAGCUGAUGUUGAUCUGGCUGUGGUUGCAAAUAUGACAGAUGGAUACUCUGGAAGUGACUUGAAGAAUCUUUGUGUAACUGCAGCCUAUUGCCCCAUCCGAGAAAUAUUGGAGACGGAAAAGAAGGAAAAAGCUUUAGCGAUAGCUGAGAAUAGAUCACCUGUUCUAUACAGUGGUGACGAUGUUCGUCCUUUAAAUAUGAGUGACUUCAAGUAUGCGCAAGAACAGGUGUGUGCAAGCUUCUCAGCAGAAUCCACAAACAUGAGUGAGCUCGUGCAAUGGAACGAACUGUAUGGUGAAGGUGGAUCAAGGAAGAAAAGUUCCCUUAGCUAUUUCAUGUAGAUGUGGUUUUGUUUUAUAUAGUAAGAUCCAUAAUUUAAGUCCAGCAGGCCGCUCGAAUUUUCCCAUCAUUUAUUCCUUGGCCAACUGAAACUGACGUGGUGGCAAACUCUCAUAGGUCCGUGCUCCAAAGCCUCUUUGUAUCAUAUAUAGCCAGAAUCCCCCUUCCUCUUCGGCCAAAUGUAUAGUACAUCUCAAGUUAUAGGUUCUUCUUUUUUCCCCAGCAAUUUUUUUGGUUUUAAAAGCCACACCUAUUUGCUGUAUAUACUUUCCUAAGCAAUUUUAAUAAGCAACUCUUACAUUUUGUUUGUACAA